AUGCGGUUUGGUCCCUCCCAGUCAGACGCCUCUCUUUCGGCCCAUGGGCUUGACCAACCUUCUCUUGACAUCCUUGCUGAGCAGGAAGACUUCAUCUCCGAGAGCGAUGCGGCUAAUAUGUUCAACGAUGCUCCUGAGGACGUGAAAGCGUAUAUCAACGCUAUCAUAGAUCAAAGAGAAGCUGGAUACGGUCUUGACCUCUUCCCACCGUCCGUUGUCUCGGAGACCGCAGAGUUUCCAAGUCCUCGUCGUCGGCAGCAACCCUCGGCGUCUCCCCCCAAACCGCCUACUCCUCCGCCUCCUCCAUCCCCGCCUUAUCCUGGUGCGUGGGAUCGUGGUCGUACCUGCGUGGUCAAUGCAACCAAUACGUAUUGGUCGUAUGGAAGGGAACCUGGUCAUAGUCAAAGCUCAGAUGACGGCCUCGCGGACGGCGAGCGGGUUUACACGAGGCAGCCGAACGGCAGUUAUCGCUGGGCAGUCUUCAGACAGCAGGCUCGGAGCACGCUGGCGGCACAGUCGCGACUCGACCAGAUGGUGAUAGCCGUCGGCGGCGACCCUGCGUCCUUCAGGACCAGGCUAGCCAAGGCUGACUACGUCCUGGCUUGGGAGGAACCUAUCGGUGUUGUCCACAAGGAGGACGACGAAGAGAUGUUCUCGGUUUCGUUCCCGAUCUACUUGGGCCAGCCAGCGUCCGGUUUCUUCUGGGGGGUGGGACAGUUGGCUAACGGCACGCUGACGAUGGCGGCGUCGACCCAGGAUGAGAUGGAGCGGGCUUGA